AUGACCGCGGAGAGUUGGUUGAAGGCUUUCACGAAGCGGGGGACCUUGGCGGGAGCAGUCUUAGGGAAUCCGUCACUUUUACAGAUAUUUCCACGGAAAUGUCAGAGCUCUCAGAGGCGCUCAUGGAACAUCGCCAAGUGGUGGGUCUGGACAGUGCUCUGUUGUGAUUUGCUUGCACAUCAUGGAACCAACUGCUGGACUUACCACCAUUCUGAAAAACCCAUGAACUGGGCAAAGGCUAGAAAGUUCUGCCAAGAAAAUUACACAGAUUUAGUUGCCAUACAAAACAAGGGGGAAAUUGAGUACCUGGAGAGGACACUUCCCUUCAGCCACACUUACUACUGGAUAGGAAUCCGGAAGGUAGGGGGGAUAUGGACUUGGGUGGGAACCAACAAGUCUCUUACCAAAGAAGCAGAGAACUGGGGAGAUGGAGAGCCUAACAACAAGAAGUCCAAAGAGGACUGUGUGGAGAUAUACAUCAGGAGGACCAAAGACGCAGGAAAGUGGAACGAUGACUCCUGCUACAAACAAAAGAGAGCCCUCUGUUACACAGCUUCUUGUCAGCCCUGGUCAUGUGGCCACCACGGAGAAUGUGUGGAAACCAUCAAUAAUUACACCUGCAACUGUGAUGCGGGCUACUACGGGCCCCAGUGCCAAUUUGUGAUUCAGUGUGAGCCUUUGGAAGCCCCUGAUUUGGGGAGCAUGGACUGUAGUCACCCCCUGGGAAACUUCAGCUUUACUUCCAUGUGCACCUUCAACUGCUCUAUGGGAACAAACCUCACUGGGAUUGAAGAAACCACUUGCGGACCUUUUGGAAAUUGGUCAUCUCAAGAACCAACCUGUGAAGUGAUUCAAUGUGAGCCUUUGGAGGCCCCUGAUUUGGGGACCAUGGAUUGUAGUCACCCCUUGCAGAACUUCAGCUUUACCUCCACGUGCAUCUUCGACUGCUCAGAGGGAAUGGAGUUAAUGGGGGAGAGGAAAACUAUUUGUGGAUCAUCUGGAAUCUGGUCAAGCCCUAGUCCAAAAUGUCAAAGUGAGUAAAUUUGCCCCGAUAUACU